AUGGCAAAUGCCACUGGUUCGUGGCGUGUUUUUGAUGAAAUUACAUAUAAGAAAACAGAAACAAGUACAAUCGCUGAUUAUUCAUCUCAAUUUCGAGAUCCUACGAGUACAACUAGUGCAACAAUUAAACCAUAUGUUGCUAUGGCUCCAUGUGGAGGACCUAUUGCUUUUGUAUAUAAAAAGUUGGGAAUAGGACCAAAUGAUGUUAAAUAUACAAUUAUUAUACAAAAUUUACCCAAACAUAAUGUUAAACUAAAAGAAUUUGAUCGAGGUAUACUUAUACUUGUUGAUUGGACAAUUAAUGAGGAUUUAUUAUUGGUAACUGAAGAUGGUAAAUAUCAUAUUAUUGAUAUAUUUCAUUAUAAUGCAAGUAAUGAUAAAUCAAUUACACUUAGUGAGUCUGUAUCAACAAUAACCAGUGCAUGUACAUUCAAAACAAAUUCCGGAACAGGAUUAGUAGCAUUAAGAAAAAAUCAAGAAGGUUUUGUAGCUGUAAAAAAUGUUUACAUUCCAAUUAUUCAAACAAUAUCACUUGGUAGAAAUAUCUUAGUAAAUUUUAGAAAAACAAAUAAAAUAUCAGCAUGGUGUAUUAUUGAUCAUGCUGAUAUAACACUUGCUUAUGCCUAUGAAAAUAUUAUAGUAACAUGCAGUGCUAUAUCAUCACGACGAGAUUCACAAACAAUUCCUGGUAUUACUGAUACAAUAGUUAAAUUAGUAUCAAGUAGUAAUUAUAAAAAUAUUGCUAUGUUAAAAGAUAAUGGUGAUGUAUUAAUUGGAUUCAAAGAUAAUCUUGGACAACCACAAGCAUUUACAUUAAAAUAUACAAGUAGUAAUGAUAAAAAUAAAAUAACUGAUAUUGCUUGGUGUGGAUCAGAUACGGUUAUUGGAACUCGAUCAAGUUCAAAAACUUGGUUUGAUUUACUUAUUAUUAAUGGAAAACAUUCACAACCAAUGACUGAAAAAAGUCGACAAGCAAUUACCAAUGAUACUCUUUGUUAUACUUCACCUGUAUGGUUGUCGACUGAAAUCGAUGGUGUUCGAAUAAUAUCUGGUCGAACACUUGAUUUUUUUCAACGAUUACCAGAUGAAGUUUUUAAUAUUUUUGAUCUUCUAUCUACUACUCCAGGUGCGAAACUUUAUUCAGCUUAUAUGGAAUAUAAAUAUGAAAAUCAAAUGUCUGAAAUGUUACUUAAUGAAUUAAAAACAUCUGGAUCAAAAUAUGGACUUGAAGACGCUGUUAAAGAAUGUAUAUCAGCAGCAUCAAAUGAACAUGAUUCAUCUAUUCAAAAACUUUUACUUAAAGCUGCACUCUUUGGUCGUGCAUUCUUAUGUGUUAAUUUGAAUAAUCCUAAAAAUUCUAUUCGUCCAACUGUAUCAUUAAUUAAUGAUUUAUGCACAAAUGUAAUUCGUGAUUUACGUUUAAUUAAUAAUCUACAACAUAUUAAUAUUUCAAUGCCAAUUACAUAUAAAGAAUUUGAAUUGAUUGGUUCACGUGUUCUUAUUGAUCGUUUACUUCGUCGUAAUUUACAUGAAUUUGCUACAAGUAUAACAAAAUUAUUACGUAUGCCUCCUGAGGAAGGAGAAAAUCGUAUUUUAGUACAAUGGGCUGUUCAAGAACUUGUUAAUCCGUCGAAUACAAAUGAAGAAGCAAUUGCAGAUACAAUUAAGACACGUCUUUCUGGUAUACCUGGUAUACCAUUUAUUGAUAUUAUUGAAGAAGCAUUUAAAUUAAAAAAAUUUACUGUUGUUAGACGAUUACUUGAUGUUAAAAUUAGUUUAAGUGCUCAAAUUGAUAUAUUAUUAAAGUUAAAUGAUAAAGAAGAAGCUUUACAAAAAGCACUUUCUUGUGGUGAUACUGAUUUAGCUCUUUUUGUUCUUAUGCGUAUUAAAUCAAGUGAACCUUUAAGCGAUUAUAUGCUUCGAUUACAACGAUUGAAAUCCUUACCAUUAAAAUUGCAUUUACAAUGCUUGGAAGAACUUGAACGAAAUAAUUUUCAUUCUGAAUUAAUUAAACGAAAUCCUGAUGAACGAGAACGUAUUGCUUAUUCACAUAUUAUUCAACGAUUUACAACUGCACUUAUGAGAAGAGAUGAAGAAAUACGAUCCCAAGUCAUGACUAUAUCAUUAGACAGUUCAGAGACUCUUGAUUUGCCAACAAUGACAGACGAUUCGGAUGAUGAGAAUUAUGAUGAUGAUAAUGAUGUGCAAGUUCCAGAUUCUGUUAUUAAAACUGACGAACAGAAAAGUAUUGAUGAUAAUUUAAGUGGUAUUCGUCAAAAAACAUUAGAAUUCGAUCAAAACCAAAUCAAAGGAAUUCAAUUUGCAAAUGCAGGCGAUAGAAAUUUGAAGAUUGUGAAUAAUCAUGCAAUCAAUUCGACUACAUGUAGUAUCACUUGA